AGGAACACUUGUAUAAAAACCGUCCAAGCGUUCAUGCUGUGUCAACAAAGCAGUGUGUGACAACCAGGAACAGUUCAUUAAAGCCAGGACUUCUCCUCCAACCUCCCCUUGAUCAAAAUGAACACUGAACCAGUUGUCAUCGUUUCUGCCGCACGGUCUCCAAUUGGGUCCUUGAACGGUGCUCUGUCCUCCGUGCCGCUGCAUGACCUGAGUUCGGCUGUGAUCAAGGAGGUUCUAAAGCGGGCCGGGGUGAAACCAGAGGAUGUCUCUGAGGUUAUCAUGGGGCAUGUCUUAACAGCAGGCCAUGGACAGAACCCAGCACGAAAGGCCAGUGUAGGGGCAGGUAUCCCCUAUCCCGUCCCUGCAUGGAGCUGCCAGAUGGUGUGUGGCUCUGGGCUUAAAGCCGUCUGUCUCGGAGCUCAGUCGAUCCAGGCUGGAGAGUCCACUGUGGUUGUGGCCGGAGGCAUGGAGAGCAUGAGCAGGGCUCCUCACACAGUGCAAAUGAGAGCGGGGGUGAAAAUGGGCGACGCCUCCCUGCAGGACUCCAUGGUGGCCGACGGCCUGAUGGAUGCCUUCCAUGGCUACCACAUGGGAGUCACAGCUGAGAACGUGGCCAAACAGUGGGGCAUCAGUCGAGAGGAGCAGGACCGGUUCGCAGUCAAGUCCCAGAACAGAACGGAGGCGGCCCAAAAAGCGGGACAUUUCAACAGGGAGCUUGUCCCCAUCGUGGUGCCAUCCAGAAAAGGUCCAGUGGAGGUGGCGGUCGAUGAGUUUCCUCGACACGGCAGCAACAUGGACAGCAUGUCCAAACUCAGACCCUGCUUCAUCAAGGACAGCAGCGGCACCGUCACCGCUGGAAACGCAUCAGGUAUUAAUGAUGGGGCAGCAGCAACUGUCCUAAUGAGCCAAUCAGAGGCAGAGAGGCGAGGCAUCAAACCCCUGGCCAAAAUCGUAUCAUGGGCUCAGGCUGGCCUUGACCCAUCUAUUAUGGGAACUGGACCAAUACCAGCCAUCAAGAAAGCGGUUGAGAAAGCAGGCUGGCAACUUGACCAGGUUGAUUUAUUUGAAAUCAAUGAAGCGUUUGCUGCACAAUCGGUUGCUGUGGUCAAAGAGCUUGGCCUUAAUGAGGAUAAGGUGAAUGUGAGUGGUGGUGCCAUUUCUCUUGGCCAUCCAAUCGGUAUGUCCGGCUGCAGGGUGCUGGUGACUCUGAUCCAUGCCCUCCACAGGACCGGGGGAUGGACGGGAGUGGCGUCCCUUUGCAUUGGUGGAGGGAUGGGUGUUGCCAUGUGUGUGGAAAAGGCUUGAAAAAUUGCUACUCAGCAAAUUGCACUUAAUCUAAUCUUCUCCUAAACAAAAAAGGGACAAUGAAAUCUAAUGUUUACAAUGAACAAUAUGUAAGGCCUGCAGUUUACCCAUCUUAUGCUAGUCUGCUUAAAAUGUGAAAUGUUAUGCGAUCCUAAUUGGGAGUCAUUCUCAGUGAACUUUUAACUUCCCCAGGUUUAAUGCUUGAUGUCGCUUAGUUAAAUGUCUCGUCGGUGCAAAUGAUCCAAAUCUUUUGUAUGUAUUGAAAGUAGAAGUCACGUUUUCAUAUGAUGGAAAUAGCUUUGCACUGACUAGGUACUAAUGGAAAACCUCAUUACAGCACCGUCCUGCAUCAUUUUAACAGCUGGUGAUCUAAAGAUAAGGUUAAAACUGAAACAUUCCAUUAUGGUCUUAAACUUCUGUAACAGAUGCUGUGUAGAAUCCUAUGCAAGUGCCAUAACGACUCGGCUUAGCCUCUGUAAAAUUGUUCUUCCUGUAAAAUGAUGCUCAAAUUACCCUGUAAUUUAAAAGAAUAUCUGACAUAGUAAAGAAUUAGAAGCUACCAAGUCUUUUAACUUAAAAAAAACAACAUGGAAACAAUUUGAUGGAUCAGUCACUUGCACCCAUUGGAGCUUUAUUUUGUGUCCAAAAUAACAAAAAAAACAAAAACAAGAUCACAUAC